UUUUUUUUAUAUAAUUAUCACACUUUUGCUGUUGUUAUUUCCUCUUUUUUUUAUACAUAUAUAAAUAACAAUACAAAUUACCCUCUAAAAAAAUACGUCUUGUUCAUUCCGAUAACCAUUCAAUAAAAAAAAAAAAUACAACUUUUUGAAUUAAAAAAAAAAAAACUUUCAAAAAGAUGGAAAGCAAUACGCAAGAACAACAUGAGGAGGGAAAGAGACCACGCGAGGAAGAAGAAACCGGUAACGACUCAGCCGAAAAAAAGACAGACGCUACCGAAGUAGCCAAAGCCCGUCCUGAACAACGUCGACCUCAAUACGAAUUGAAAUAUUCAUUGGUCGGUCAUCGUAUGUCUGUUUCCAGUGUCAAAUUCUCUCCCGACGGUAAAUGGCUUGCCAGUUGCUCGGCGGAUAAAACCAUCAAGAUUUGGCAUGCAUUGGAUGGAAAAUACGAGGCAACCCUGGAAGGCCACACGCAAGGUAUUUCAGAUGUUGCUUGGUCCUCUGAUUCUCAAAACUUGUGCUCAGCGUCGGAUGAUCGUACCAUUCGUAUCUGGAGCCUUGCUACUCGCGAUACCGUCAAAAUUUUGAAAGGUCAUUCCAACUAUGUCUUUUGUGUCAAUUAUAACCCUCAAUCCAACUUGAUUGUCUCUGGCUCAUUUGACGAGAGUAUAAAGAUUUGGGACGUCAAAAAAGGAAAAUGUAUGAAGACAUUACCAGCACAUUCAGAUCCUGUAUCUGCAGUGCAUUUCAACAGAGAUGGAACCAUGAUUGUCAGUUGCAGUCACGACGGAUUAAUUCGUAUUUGGGAUACAGCAAGUGGACAGUGCUUAAAAACCUUGGUUGACGAUGACAAUCCACCUGUGUCGUUUGUAAAGUUCUCACCGAAUGGUAAAUAUAUCCUUGCCUCCACACUGGACAACACGCUGCGACUGUGGAAUUACCAUACGGGAAAAUGUCUAAAGACGUACCGAGGACACGAGAAUAGUAAAUACUGCAUCUUUGCCAGUUUUAGUGUGACAGGUGGCAAAUGGAUUGUGAGUGGCAGUGAGGAUCAAAACAUUUACAUUUGGAAUUUGCAGACCAAAGAAAUCGUGCAGAAAUUAGAGGGUCAUUCAGAUGUCGUGCUUUGUAUUGCCUGUCAUCCUACCAUGAAUAUCAUUGCAUCCGGUUCUAUUGAUCAGGAUAAGUCUGUUAAACUUUGGUUUGAUAAAUCUCAACCCUCUGCAUAAUAUUAAAUAAAUAAAUAAAAAAAGACUUUUUUUAUAUA